AGUGUCUCGGGCUGUGAACACACACACACGCGCGCGCGCGCGCGCAGGAGGUGUGUGUUUUCUGUCACAGCGCUGCGAUGCCGCUGGUUCCUCCACGGGAGACGCGGACAGACAGAGGCAGCACUGAGGGGCUGUGGGUGUGGAGGUCCCGGGCUGACUCUCCUCCACCAUGCACCGGCUCCACAUCUGAACUGAUCCCGGUUCAGUUUCACCUCAGACUGCCUCUCCUGAAGGACGAAUGACUCCACCGGCUCUCCUUUCAUUCUGCUAAAAGCUCUUGGCGAGGGAGGCACUCUAGUUUUUAUUUAUUUAUUUAUUUAUUUUUUUCCUCUUUCAAUUUUUUUUUCUUUCCUUCAUGGCGUCUCCUCAACAGUCAAGGAUUCAGUCGUAUCUGGAGAAGAAUAAAAUCGGACCCCUGUUUGAGGAGUUGAUGACCAAACUGAUAACUGAGACUCCGGACCAUCCAAUCCCUUUUCUCAUUGAUCACCUGCAGACCAAGCAAGACAGCCAUGGAAAACUGCACAGAGCUUUCUCUGGUUCAGCAGCACUAUGGGCACAGAGUUCCCCAGAAAACAAAAAUCCUCGCAGGGAGUACAGCAACUUUGAGAAGCCGUGGCAAAUUACCCCAAAGAAACCGAAGAAAUCAAAGAGUGACCUGGCUGUUUCCAGCAUCUCCCCACCUUCCCCAGAAUCAAAAUCCUUGCCGAGGUCAGUGGAGUACCCGUCCUGGGACUGGAGGGAGAGCCGCGACUUCGAUGAGCUCAGCCACAUCUUGCAGGAGAGCAAGAAGCUGGGCAAAGCCCUGGAGAGCCUGUCACGCAGCAUCGCCAUUUCUGAUGAGCUUGACCAGACCUUUUUGGGAUACAACGCAGUCCUGCGCCCUCGAGUGGUGGGCGAGUGGGUCGGCCGUGAGGACAACGAUGCAGACCCGCUGGCCGCAGAGAUGCUGCACCCCCCGGUCCCCCGAACCAAAGCUGAAGUGUGUUGGAGCCGAGACAACAGCCCGGCUCACAGUCUGAAGAUGGAGACAAAGAGCAAAGGGCUAAAGGAGCAGCAGCAGCAUCACAAGAAGCUCCUGGCUGCCAUGUUGUCCCAGGACUCUUUUGACCAGGUCAACAGUCACAUCCCCUCUGUCCUGGAGGAAGAGAUYGAGGACGAGGACGACGCCAUGGAGCUUCUGGAGGACCUGGAUGACCUGCGGAUGGAGGGCGUGACGAGGUUGGCUCCAUCCGGCAGUAAGUUCAGCCAGGGCCGCAGCUCCUAUCAGCCUGAACCGCAGGCCAAAGUUACACUCAACAUCUGUUCUAGGUGUGCCAGGCUGCAGGGGGACACGCUAUCAAACAGUCGAUCUGAGGAGGAGCACAGGCCUCACGUACCUGAGCAAGCCGUCCCUGACAUCUCCUUGCCAUUGCCCGGGGUGGACACAGCGGCGGGCCGACUACAGGAAUGCGAGGCCUUAUCUCAAGUGUCAGCCUCGCGUCGCACUGUCUGGGCCGCUGAUCUGAAGGCUGUGAGAGGUGGGAGCUCUGUGGGGCAGACGGGCCUGCUGCUCGGCGACCCCCUCUUCUCUAAAGAGCUGGAGAACAUGGGCAAACAGCUCGCUGAGGUUGAAAAGGACCUGGCCAAACUGGCAGAAGUGGGGAAGAUGACCUCUCGGAGCUCCAACAAUCCACACGGCAGCCUAGUCCACAACCCUUUACACCACCGAGCUCUACCUGACACGCUUCCUCUGGCCAGCCUCGUCUCCAGACCUCAGUCUCCCAGUUUCUCAGCCAACCCUUGUGGCGUUGGCCUUCCCUUGCUAAGCCCCAAGUCCACAUCCCUGACCAUGAGUCGGACUAGGUCUCCCAGCAACCCUGGGAGCAGGACUCAAACCCCCAGAACCCCCAGCAGGCCCUUGACCCCAACUAGCUUAUUGACACGCUCCACAUUUAACACUGGAUCUCAUAAAGAGGUGACCUUCAGGAGGUCGCGAAGCCGCCCCGUGACACCCACAAGUCAGCCGAUACUGCCUCGACCGCUGCUCACCCCUCCAGGUUUGAGUACUACAGACAGCCUUGGUGCCAGCCUUCGGGCAUAUCUGUCUGAGGAUGAGUUUUACCAGCAGUUACAGGCCAUCAGACAGCCUUGGCAUAUUCCCAGUGACACAGACAGUGACAUCCUGGAGCCUCCAGAACAGGACAAGAGUGGUUCACGGGAUGGCAAGAGAUCAGUAUUUUCAGGCCUAUAGUGAUGGAGACCAGAGGCAUCGAUCCAAUCAAACUAUUAUGCAAACCACUGGACAUUUUGAAUAUGUGUGAACAAUUAUUUUUAUAAAGCAUAAGAAUGGGGGGGAAAAUAAGAUUGUAUACUUUUUUCAUCAAAAUUUCAUACACAAUGUACUGUAACUGUAUGAUAAACUGGGAAAAUCUUACUUGAGAGUUAUGCCAUUUAUUUUUGUUUGCUCUAUAGCAUGAAGUUAAAAAGUCCACAUGGAAACCAGAAAACAGAUGCAUUUUGUUGCUGAUGAACUUCCUCCAGACCUAGAUUGUACAGAUGGUGUGAGGACAGCACAAAAUGAAAGUGUUUAUUGACAUGCACUGUUACUUUUUUUUAAGAUAGCAAAUAAGCAAAUUGUUAAGGGAAUACAUGGAAUGCCGUUAUAUUUAUUAAAAUGAUUUAGUGCA